ACAGCUUCACAGGACAAUCUUGUGAUCAGCUUUCCAUCCUCUGCCGGCAGAAAUGACGAGCCACGCCUCAAACAAGCUCGACGGCAAAGUAGCCAUCGUCACCGGCGGCGCAAGCGGCAUAGGCGAGGAGACGGCCCAUCGGCUGGCGAGCCACGGUGCGUAUGUCGUGAUCGCCGACAUCCAGGACGAAAAAGGCCGAGACCUCGUGGCGUCCAUCGGAUCCCACCGGUGCACCUACGUCCAUUGCGACGUCACGGAUGAGCGUCAGGUGAAGUCCUUGGUGGAAUCGACUCUCCGGUCAAGCGGUCACCUGGACAUCUUGUUCAGCAAUGCGGGCGUAGCGAACAACAUCGAGCAAGACAUUCUCGAGUUCGACAUACCUGCUUUCGAAAGCCUGUUCGCCGUCAAUGUUCGGGGAAUGGCCGCCUGCGUCAAGCACGCGGCGGGCGCCAUGGUGGCGGGGGGCGUGAAGGGAAGCAUAAUUUGCACGGCGAGCCUCGCAGCCAGCAUCGGUAGCGAGAAGCACGUGGACUACGUGAUGUCUAAGCACGCCGUGCUGGGUCUGGCGAGGUCAGCGAGCAAGCAACUCGGAGCCUACGGUAUACGGGUGAACUGUGUCUCCCCUGGAACGAUCGCCACGCCAUUGCUCCGUGGAGCGCUCGGCGUGAGCAAGGAGGAAGGCGAGAGGAUGUUCGAGUCCAGCUCAUGCUUGAAAGGAGUGCUGAAAGCGAAGCAUGUGGCCGACGCCGUGGUUUUCCUCGCGUCCGAAGAGGCGGAAUUCAUCAACGGCCACAAUCUGGCGGUCGACGGAGGAUGGAAUGAUGGUCUAUCCCAGGGGAUCUAGAAAUAAAAAGUUGCAGUCUCUUUAACUUGCCUGUGCUUUGUUUGCUGCCGGA